CUGGGUACUUUGUGCCUGUCCGUCCUGCUUUGUUAACACCUUGACUUGCUUUUUGUAGCUGAAGACAAACUUGUGCCACUCAUCAGCGCUCCUUGCGUGAAGACAGAAGAAGUCAAAUGUCAGAGAUAACUGGAACCUAUCGCAUUGUCUCUGAGGAGGAACAGUCUCUCAGGGCCAAGCUUGAACGGCUCACUACUAAAGACCAUGGCUCAGUCUUUGGUAAAUGUGGAAAGCUGCCAGAGUACACCAUACAGAAGGCCAAAGAUGAGUUAAAUGAGACAGAAGAGAAGAGAGAAUCAGCUGUGAAGGAACUUCGGGCGCUGGUUCAGGAGAAGGCCAACGCAGGGGACGAGCUGUGCAAAGCAGUGGCUGACAAAGUGAAAGACAAGGGAGAUGACUUCUUCCUCAGGUUCAUUCGGGCUCGGAAGUUUGAUGUGAGCAGAGCCUAUGAACUCCUGAAAGGAUACGUCAAUUUCCGCCAGCAGUAUCCAGAACUCUUUGAGGACCUGACACCCGAGGCGGUGAGGAGCACUAUUGAGGCAGGAUAUCCAGGAAUUUUGACCAGCAGAGAUAAGAAUGGCAGAGUUAUCCUCCUUUUUAACAUUGAAAGUUGGGACUAUGAAGAGAUCACCUUCGAUGAGAUCCUGCGAGCUUACUGCAUUAUACUGGAGAGCUUGCUGGAGAAUGAGGAGACUCAGAUUAAUGGCUUCUGCAUUAUUGAAAAUUUCAAAGGAUUCACCAUGCAGCAAGCAUCAGGCAUAAAGCCAUCUGAGCUGAAGAAAAUGGUGGACAUGCUACAGGAUUCCUUCCCGGCCAGAUUUAAGGCUGUACACUUUAUUCAUCAGCCCUGGUACUUUACUACAACAUACAAUGUUGUAAAGCCGUUCCUGAAGAGCAAGCUCCUGGAGAGGGUGUUUGUGCAUGGAGAUGACCUGGAAGGCUUCUACAAGGAAAUAGAUGCUGACAUCCUGCCAGCAGACUUUGGAGGGAAUCUGCCAAAAUAUGACGGAAAAAUUAUUGCUGAGGAACUUUUUGGGCCAAGAAAUGAAUCAGAAGAUACAGCUCUUUAAAGUGACCUAUAUUCUAAUCCCUCGGUUGCUUAGUUCUAGUUCUGUUAAUGGAAGUCUUUACUAUUCCCUCAUAGUUGUAUAUACAGUAUAUAUUUUUUGUAAGAAUGUUUCCCUCCUCAGUUUGCCCUGUGAAACACAAUGCACAGCCAAACAGCAUGGCUAUACGAAUACAUCAUUAGAGACAGGGAAUUUUGUAUUCACCUUUAGGGGGAUAGUUAUACGUGUCAGCAUUUCCUAAUGAAAUUCAAACCAAAUCAUAGUAGUUACACCACUGCAGCAGAUGUUUUGACUCCUAUUGUGCACAGAACAGAAAUGUAUAGCUCUGGAUAUUACAUCUUUAUGAUCAUCACCCACCCAAUUGCUGGAUAGUAGAUAUUGCAAUUGUUCUUUACAUCCCUGGUCUAGAAUAAUCUAAGAAUGAAACAUUAGCUAUGAAAUAUUCAGUGCUGCUCAAACAAGUUAUAUUUCAGGUGUUACAAAAUAUUUUUAUUUAGUAAUGAACAGAAAUAAAAGUAUAUUCCA